GCCGCGAGCACCGCGGCUCGGCGCGGCCUCUGCUCGGCCGGCCGGGCUGGACGUGGCGGGGCUCGCGCGGGCGGGCGAUGCCCCAGGGGGCCGGGCGGCAGGCAUGGAGGCCGAGGCGGGCGGCCUGGAGGAGCUGACGGACGAGGAGAUGGCGGCGCUGGGCAAGGAGGAGCUGGUGCGGCGCCUGCGGCGGGAGGAGGCGGCGCGGCUGGCGGCGCUGGUGCAGCGCGGCCGGCUGAUGCAGGAGGUGAACCGGCAGCUGCAGGGCCACCUGGGCGAGAUCCGCGAGCUCAAGCAGCUCAACCGGCGGCUGCAGGCCGAGAACCGCGAGCUGCGCGACCUGUGCUGCUUCCUGGACUCGGAGCGCCAGCGGGGCCGCCGCGCCGCGCGCCAGUGGCAGCUCUUCGGGACGCAGGCGUCGCGCGCCGUGCGCGAGGACCUGGGCGGCUGCUGGCAGAAGCUGGCCGAGCUGGAGGGCCGCCAGGAGGAGCUGCUGCGCGAGAACCUGGCGCUCAAGGAGCUGUGCCUGGCGCUGGGCGAGGAGUGGGGCCCCCGCGGCGGGCCCGGGGGCGCGGGGGGCGCGGGCGCCGCGCCCACGCCGCCCGACCUCGCCCUGCCGCCCUGCGGGCCCCGCGACCUGGGCGACGGCAGCUCCAGCACCGGCAGCGUCGGCAGCCCCGACCAGCUGCCCCUGGCCUGCUCCCCGGACGACUGAGGACGCCCCUGCGCCGCCCCCCGGCGCCCC